AUGACCACCACCGCCCAAGAGCCGAAGCAGACCUACCGUGGCAAUUGCCACUGCAAGACUUUUGUCUACGAGGUCCAGCUCCCAGACAUCAAGUCCGCCAGCGCCUGCAACUGCAGCCUCUGCUACAGGAAGGGGACCCUCUGGGUCAUUCCCCAGCGCGACGACUUGCGCUUCGUUAAGGGCGCCGAGGAUGACCUCUCGACGUAUAACUUUGGUCCCGGCCAGAUUACGCACAAGUUCUGCGGAAACUGUGCUACGCCCAUCCUGGCGGAUUCCCCCAACGGAAUCGUCCUAAACGUGCGCUCGAUUCAAGACCUCGAUAUUUGGGGACUGGAGAAGAAGACUUACGACGGCGCGUCUUACGGCGCCAAAUACGAGCCUCACACCCACAAGGGCCCCGGACCGACGGCCGAGGUCGAGGGAGGCAAGCUCUACACCGGUAGCUGCCACUGCGGCGCUCUGACGGUGGCCGUCGUCAGCAAGCCCAUCGACGAGACGUACGAAAGCGAAGUCAUCGAGUGCAACUGCAGCAUCUGCGAAAGGAAUGGAUACGUCUGGGUGUACCCCAACAGCGACCAAGUCGUGCUGACGGGAGACGACGACAAGAUUGGCCGCUACGUCUUCGGCCACCACAUUCUCGCAAAGACGUUUUGCAAGAACUGCGGCGUCCCGAUCACCAACCAGUUCAACCCGCUGAGCGAGGAGGAGCAGAGUAAUCUGGUGGAGCUGGCGCAGUACUGGUACGAGAAGUCGAAGACGAGGCAUCCCGUUAACGCGCGUGUUCUCGACGGGGUGGAUGUGAAGAGUCUUAAGAUUAUCCACAUCGAUGGCAAGGGUGAGCAUCAGCCUGGAUACGUGAACCCUUGA